GUGUGUGUGUGUGUGUGUGUGUGUGUGUGUGUGUGUGUGUGUGUGUGUGCGUGUGUGUGUGUGUGAGAGGUGGAUGGGUUAAAGGACUCAGAUAAAGGAUAUCACCCCAUGGUUAAUCUCGGUUUGUGAGUUUCUCCUGCAGGCAUGAGCACCAUGAGCUGCAGCCCGGACUGGAUGUCCUCUCUGCCGGAGGAGCUGUGGGACACCCCGCUCACCCAGCUCGCUAUACCGGGGAGCCAUGAUGCCAUGAGUUACUGUUUGGACAUCAACUCUCCUCUGGUCCCGUCUGAGUCCGACUGCUUCCGGAUCCUGGACGGACUGUUCAGCUGCUUCACCAGACCGACCAUCUUCAAAUGGGCCACCACACAGGACAAAAGCAUCGAGGAGCAGCUCUCCAUGGGGAUCAGAUACCUCGAUCUCCGCGUUGCGCACAAACUCAAAGACCCCUCCAGCGACCUUUACUUCACACACAUUAUUUACACACAUCUCACUGUCCUGGAAACGCUGUCCUCUGUUGCCUUGUGGCUGAACUCCCACCCCAAGGAGGUGGUUAUCCUCGCCUGCAGCCACUUUGAAGGAAUCAGCGACGAACUGCAUCAGUCUUUCAUCUUCUCGCUGAAGAAGAUGUUCGGAUCGAAGCUCUGCCCCCACAAGGGUUCGGCUCUCACACUGCGCAGCUUCUGGGCCGCGGGGCAGCAGGUCAUCCUCUCUUACGACUCCCAGCAUGCAGCGCAGCACCCGGAGCUGUGGCCGGACAUCCCGUACUGGUGGGCCAACAAGCGCACGGCGAAGGAGGUCAUCAGUUACCUGGACUGGAAGAAAGAGCAUGGCCGUCCAGAGGGUCUCUUCGUCUGCGGGCUGAACCUGACGGCGGAUCGGUGCUUCAUCACAGAGAACCUGCGGCAGUCCCUGCGGACGAUCACCUUCAGUAACUGGGAGUGUUUGCGGGGCUGGGUGGAGGACCAGACCCCCGGCCAGGGCCCCCAGAGCCUCAACAUCAUCGCAGGAGACUUCGUGGGACCCCUCCCUCUCUGCUCGCUCAUCAUCGCUCUCAACCAGAAACUCCUAAGAAAAGCUCCAGAUGAAGAACGUUUUUAUUCCUGAUCCGUUCGUAUCGACAGCGGACCCCACGUCCUCUUUUUAUACUUUUAUGUUUGUCUGCAAUAAGAGUAAGAACAGUAUUUCCUUUUACUUCUGUAUCUGUUACUUCAAUGUAAGGCGUUUUCUUUAACCCGAAACAUCUCGUUUUGAUGAUACAGCUCUAAUGUGCAAUAUGUGACCAUCCUGAGCCUGCAGCCCUCACCACCUCUUUUUAUACUCCUAUUUACAGUUUUGAGAAAGGACUGUAUUUUUCUAACCCUCUGUAUCCCUUACUUUAAAUUAAGCGUUUCUUUUGAGCCAGAAGUCCUGAAUCUGCAGACCUCAUUUCCUCUUUUUAUUCUCUCUGUUCUGCAUUUAAACUGAAGGGAACUUUAAGAAAGAUAUCUGUGAGUUCAUAUUCCUGGAUCUGUUUCCAGAGAACGUAAUUCCUAUUUUAAAUAUAGCGUUCUAAGAGCGUGUGUCGUUUUAUUGGUGAAUACUUUAUUAUACUGUACAUAACAGAUAGACUUUAUACAGAAUAUAUAUAAGUACAGUUUUCAAAGAAAGCAGGAGAGAAAUAAAUGAUUGGGAUCC